CGAACACGCCAGCAGCUUGUUUUAUUGGAUGCCAAGCUGCGUAAUUUAAUUCAAGCUUAUGGAAGGUGACAGGAAAGAGUUAAUAUCCUGAGGCACUGAGGAGUGUUCAGGUGUGACUGUUCUUUCAUAUCUGGACUGCGUGCAGCUACAGUGCAAACACCUUAGAAGGCAGCAGCUGUCGGAGUUGGAGAAGCAGCUCUGUUCAGGAAAUAUUAUAAAAUGGCUGACUCUGAAUCCAGCUGUCCCAAAGAACUGCCUCGAGAACCGACACUUGAAGACUCCAACCAUGUGGCAAAUGGGUCACAGAUCUGCGAGGAAGAGUGUGAGAGCGUAGGACUGAAAAAUGAAGCGGACCCUCUGUCAUCGGAUCCAGAAAGAGGAGGACACACUCCCAGCAACGGAGUAGGCCUGGGAGAGAAUGUGACUGAAAAUGGAUCCAAAGAGGAGCCACCAGGCAAGAUUGGGGAAGGGGACGUGGUAGAGGGAGAAGAGGUCCUCUGUGACUUCUGCUUGGCUGAGAAGGUGCUGGCAGUGAAGUCCUGCUUGACCUGCAUGGUAAACUAUUGCCAGGAUCACUUGAAGCCUCACUUGGAGAACGCCAAACUCCAGACCCAUAAGCUUAUGGAUCCAAUGAAGGACAUUGACAUGCAGAGCUGCGAAGUCCACAAGAGGCACCUUGGUUGGUUCUGCCAUACUGACCUUGUGUGUGUCUGUGAGGAGUGCCUUGCAGAUGGACACCAGGGGCACAAGGCUGUCACCUGUGGGGUAGCCAGGAAGGAAAAGGAGUACGAACUUAUUCAGCUCGAAGCAGGCUAUGACUGGAAACUGAAGUCAGCAGAAAAUGCAAUUGAUAAGCUGCAGAGAAAUUCAGAGUCUAUAGUGAGUUCCGUAUCUGAAGUGAAAGCCUUGGUGGAAGAGAAGUUUGAGGAGCUGCUCCAAGCAGUGAAGAAGACUCAGUCUGUUGUGCUAGCUUUCCUAGAGGAGAAGGAGCGUGGUGCCGUUAAUCAUGCUAAUGGGAUAAAGAUCCACCUUGAGAACAAGCGGGUGGUGAUGGAGGAAUGCAAGAGCAGGCUGGAGAAGAUGGCCACACACACAAAUGACAUCAUCUUUCUGAAGGAAUACUGUGAAUUCAAGAAGAGCGAAGGAGACGACACGUUGCCCAGUGUCUACAUUGGCCUAAAAGACAAAUUGUCAGGGAUCCGAAGGGUGGUCACAGAGUCCACAGAACAUAUUUUACAACUUUUACAAACUUCCUAUAAGGACAAGUUGCAGGAGUUUGCUAAAGAUGAGGAUGCCGGCAUCAAGACAAUGGUGUCCGCCAUGAUCCCAUUCAAGCACCGCAUAACGGCCCCAGAACCUAAAAGCAGGAGUGACUUCUUGAAAUAUAUUUGCCCAUUGACCUUUGACCCGGUUACUGCUCAUCGCUAUUUGAGGCUCCUGGAAGACAACCACAAAGUCACCAACACCACACCGUGGGAGCACCCGUACCCGGAUCACCCAGAGAGAUUUCAGCACUGGCGCCAGGUGCUGUCGGGCAAAAGCUUAUACAUCAGCCGCUACUACUUUGAGGUCGAGAUAUUUGGGGCUGGGGUUUACAUUGGCAUGACAAACAAGAGCAUUGACCGGAAAGGGUCAGAAAGCAACAGCUGCAUCUCGGGGAAUGACUUCUCCUGGUGUGUUAAGUGGAAUGGGAAGGAGUUCUCCGCUUGGCAUAGUGAUGUGGAGACACCCUUGAAAGUCCAGGGAUUUAGCAGGAUAGGAGUUUACCUGGAUUACCCCAGGGGCACCCUCUCCUUUUACGGCAUUGCUUCGGAUGUCAUGACUCUCUUGCAUAAGUUCGAGUGCAAGUUUACCGAACCUCUCUACCCAGCCUUCUGGCUAUCCAAGAAGGAGAACAGUGUGCAGAUUGUCAAGUUGUGGGAUGAGGCUGCGGCCACCCUAGUACCUCUUCCUGGUCACUUGGGAGAAGCAGCUUCUUCCAGCACAGCCUUGGCACCUGAGAGCGAAGCAGAGGCAAGCACAAAAACAUCAGUCGGGACGCAGCCAUUGAUUAAGUGAUGUGAUCAUGGGCACUCCUCCUUACUGCAAGUGUGCCACUGAAUUAAUUCAAAGGUAAAGGCAGACAUGAUGGCCUCUAAGGGGAAGAAAAAAAUAAAUCAAAGAUCUGUAUUAGGGUUGCCAGACUCAAUAGAGGACAGGACUUCUGUGCCUUUAAUUGCCCUGGAAAUUAAACAAAGGGCCUGCUGUUUUCUCUUUAAGGUUUCCAGACUCAAAAGAGAGCAGGGCAAUUAAAGUCCUGUCCUCUAUUGAGUCUGGCAACCCUAAUCUGUAUUAGGGCAAUACUUUUAUCUGGCCAACAAACACAUCACAAAAUUGGGUGAGCUGAAUUGUUCGUUGCAUGUUUACCUUUUUGGUUGCCUGCUAGCCCACUAAAUAUCUUCUCCAAAUUGAGAAACCGCUGGGGGGAAGGGAAUCUCCAAGGUCACGCUGCUUACUUUGUAGGGAACUGAUGCACCAUUAAAGACUGGCAGUGGCUGCGUCAGUGUUCACCUGCUCCCUGAUCCUCAACUGAUACAUUUGUAAAGAAGCAUUUUUAAAAAAAUAGCAACAGCAACACUGCAAGUCUCCAGUUCUCUUGUCCUGUGGCCUGGAUGAGCAGUACCACAGCAUUAGAGCUGUUCAGUUUCUGAAAACAACUGUUCUUUCUUAGCAAAGGAAAUUGCAAACAUUUCUCAUUUACUGCAUUAUCUUGGCAGGUUGAAUAAACUUUGGUUUAUUAUUUAUCACA